AUGGAGGAUCAACGGCCGUUGAGGAUACUGACCCUUGAUGGCGGUGGCCUCCAAGCUUUGGCGACAUUGACCGUUCUCAAAGAAACUUGCAAGGCCAUCGCAAAGCAAAACGGGGCUGUUAGACCGCCGGCGCCCCACGAAUUGUUUGAUAUUAUAGGUGGUGUUGGUACGGGCGGAUGGAUUGCAUUGUUGCUUGGUCGGUAUCGCCUGGAUAUCGCCACCUGCAUGGCAGUGUAUAUGGAAAUAGCCAGAGAUGUCGAGAUGGCAACAAAUGCAACGAGUUUUUCUUCACAAAGAAAACGGCUCUUUAAGCUUGACCAAGACGGGCUUACCACUGUCGUGCAGGGAGUUCUAGAACGAUAUGAUCUGGAUCCAUCAUUGCUUGGCUCCAAUAACGAGCAGGAGACGGAUAUUCAACAUACCUCGAGUCGAUGCAAAUAUGCAUUUGCCGUUGGCGUAGUACAACGGACAAAUAAUCAAAAAAUGGGGUUUCAAUUGUUCCGGUCAUAUACGCUUCAUGGCUCAGGCCAAGCAGGUCUUCGGGCUGGACCGGCACACGAGCGUUGGAAGCUCCCAGAGGUGUUUGCAGCCACAGGGGCGGCCAAGUUCUUUUUGGAUCCUUACAAAGUCGGCAAUACGGUUUUCUUCGACGAUACGUUUCCGCAGUCUCACCCCAUUACGUUGAUAGGCCUUGAUGAGGCGUUUGCAAUCUAUGGGAAAGACGUCCCGAUAUCCGUCCUCUUGAACAUUGGACCGGGUAUCCCUUCGGAAAGGGAUAGGCUGGAGCUUGAAGAGAUGUCAACCAGCUCAAUGACACGGUUAGCCAGGAAAUUCUCCUGGCCACCAAAGGGACGACAUCUCUCCAGGAUCGGAAGACUCCUGAGUAAUACGUCAGAUGGCCAAGGCACAACUCCUCCUGCCAGAGACGAAGAGUCCACUCACAGCAGAUCAAGCCUCACGGUACUGAAACUGGAAGGCCAGAGGCGUGAUGACAUUAAACAGCGGUUGAAGGAGCUGUAUGGAGAGUCAGGGCCCGACAGGUAUCAUCAUCUGGGUCCCGAGUACUCAGAUGAUAAGGCGUCGCUAAAUGAUGUGCAUGCAUUGUGCAGGGCCUGGAGAAGCAACAGCAACAGACAGCCUGAGUUGAAUGAGCUUCGACUGGCAAUACAGGCUGAGGCUGAGUCCAUGGUGGAGCAGCACUGGGUAGGAGCAGCAGCGGCGUGA